UACACGCUUUAUUUCUGCCACCGAUUCUCGGCCCCACUUCCUGAAACUGCAUCCACUUUUAUUAUUUUAUUAUUUUUUAAAAUCCAACCUUUAUGCCACUCACUGCUAUAAGCCUCGGGUUAUUAAGCCCUUCAAGCCUCUUCAGUGUCUACUAUUCUCAUUCGUCCCUUCUCGUUUGGUUGCCUUCUUACCCGCUUCUCACAAUAAAGCUUCCUUACAGGCCAAACAAUGCGAGACUGAGAUAUUUGUGGCCGCUUUCCCAUAGAAGCUCAAGUAGAAAGUCAGAGAGAGAAACAACAUUUGGUGUUUUCUUAUAUUAUCUCCUUGUUAGAUCCUUCGUUCCAUUUCUGCAGUAUAGUUUCUCCAAAGAAAGGAUAAGUGAAAGAGAAGGAAGGAUUCUUCUUCCCAUCUUAUCUGUUGUAUGAAAUGUAUAUGCUUUCAGAAUCAGCAGAAUCUUUGUCGAGCUUUCGAAAAAUUCCUCCUUAGGCUGCCAAAAAUCCUUCUCUGAUUUCUUUAGCUUCUCAAGGCUUCACAUUUCUUGGAGCAGCAACUCUCCCCUGCAGCCAAAACAGAAAAAAGGAAGACAAACAAAAAAGUAUUUUGGGGUUUUUUUUUUUGGAAUCCCAACAUAUCUCCCCGCCUUUCUACUUCCUUAUUGUUUUAAUAAUCAUCCCCCUCUUUCUUUUGGUCUCUCCAGCGCAUUAAAGAACAGUUUUCAUAUUAAAAAAAUCAUUAAAGAAAACAGAAAAAGUGCAAAAAGCUUGAGUGAGGGGGGAGAAGAGAAUGGAUCUUUUGGUACAUGAUGGAGAGAUCCCAAUCCCAAUCAGCAGCAACUAUGUUGGUGGCAGUGGAAGCCAUAUCCCAAGCCAAAGCCACAACUCCCUUCCAUUUCACCAUCAUCAUCUUUCCAAUGUCUCAGCUCUACCUCUUCAUUCCUCUCCUCCACUUUCCUACUCAUCUCCAUUUAACGACAAGAAGACUGUGGCUGUCAAGUAUAAAGAAUGCCUCAAGAACCAUGCAGCCUCCAUUGGUGGAAUUGCCACAGAUGGCUGUGGUGAGUUCAUGCCAAGUGGGGAAGAAGGCACGCUCGAAGCUCUCAAGUGCUCAGCUUGCAGCUGUCACCGGAACUUCCACAGGAAAGAGAUUGAUGGAGACCAUCAGUCACCUUCUUGUGAGCAGUGCUUCAACUUCAAAGAAGGCAGAAAGCUCAUCACCCAAAAAAACACAUUUUUGUACAACCCAACAGGGAACAACCUAAUGUUUUCAAAGCAAUAUCCACAGAACCAAAUGAUCUUACCUUUCAGUGCAAUGCAGGCCUCUGAAUCUAAUUACAUGGAAGGACGGUUUCCUCCCCCUGUCGUCAAGAAAAGAUUCAGGACAAAGUUUAGUGCCGAACAGAAGGAGAAGAUGCUGAGCUUUGCUGAGAAAGUUGGGUGGAAGCUACAGAAGCAAGAGGAGACUGUGGUGCAGGAAUUAUGCAAUGAGAUUGGGGUCAGGAGAAGAGUUCUCAAGGUUUGGAUGCAUAACAACAAGCAUAACUUUGCUAAGAAGGCCAACAACCUUCAGCUGGAGUGACAGCUGCUACAUUUACUAUUGCAGAUUUAAGAUUUAAAUUUUCUUAAUUGAUGGCUCCAGAUCAUAAAUGAUCCGAUGAAAAUUUUUAACUUUUGUUUCAGCGCCUUACCAUUCUCUACGGAUCUCUCUCUCUCUAAUUAUGUCAGAGCCCUUGAACUGACUUCCUUUAGUACUUAUAUUUAUGCUCUAGUGUUGGUGGUGCUUAAUAGCCAUUAAACUUAACAGUUUACUAUAAUCUACAGUUUAGUUUUACAUGAUGUACAAUUUCCAGUUCUUUCGGUCUUCUAAUUUUUUGUGUGGGGCUAUAACU